GGUUUGACUUGACGACUGACGUAUGCUUUUUAUUAUGUCUAACUAUAAAAUCGCAGCUAUGUCCUAUUUUUUAGGAUAGAGCAAUUUGAAUUGAAUCUCUUCUACAGUAAGUGCACAGAUCUAUUCUUUAGUGUGUAAGUGCAGGCCUACAAGAUGCCUCUAUUUGGUAAAAAAGAUUUUGGAAGAAAAUCUAAAAAAGAAAGUAAGGACACCGAAAGACAACCAUCCAUCGAAGAUAAGUAUGUCGUUAAAGACCUGCUGGGAACAGGAGCCUUUUCAGAAGUACGUCUUAUUGAGAGCAAAGAAAAUGGGCAAUUGUUCGCUUGCAAAAUUAUCGAUAAAAAAGCUCUUAAAGGUAAAGAGGACUCAUUGGAAAACGAAAUUAGAGUUCUAAAAAGAUUUAGCGAAAAUGCAAAAGCGGAGGGAGCGGAAAGGAAAAUGUUUUCACAUCCUAAUAUCGUCCAGCUGCUAGAGACAUAUGAAGAUAAAAACAAGGUGUACCUUGUGAUGGAAUUAGUAACAGGUGGCGAGUUGUUCGAUCGGAUCGUCGAGAAGGGUUCGUACACCGAAAAAGACGCGGCUAAUCUCAUUAGACAAGUAUUGGAGGCUGUGGAUUACAUGCAUUCACAGGGAGUGGUGCACAGAGAUUUGAAACCUGAAAACUUGCUCUACUACAGUGCAGAUGAAGACAGCAAAAUUAUGAUUAGUGACUUUGGACUGUCCAAAAUCGAAGACUCAGGAAUAAUGGCCACAGCAUGUGGUACACCAGGGUACGUUGCUCCAGAAGUUCUGGCUCAGAAACCUUACGGGAAGGCAGUGGACGUGUGGAGUAUAGGAGUAAUCUCAUACAUCUUGCUCUGUGGAUAUCCACCUUUUUAUGAUGAGAAUGAUGCAAACCUCUUUGCCCAAAUCCUCAAAGGUGACUUUGAAUUUGAUUCCCCAUACUGGGAUGAUAUAAGUGAAUCUGCAAAGGAUUUUAUACGACAUCUGAUGUGUGUCGAUGUGGAUAAGCGGUAUACAUGCAAACAAGCCCUGGCUCAUCCAUGGAUUUCUGGCAAUGCGGCCAGCAACAAGAACAUCCAUGGCACUGUAUCUGAACAGCUUAAGAAGAACUUUGCCAAAUCUCGCUGGAAGCAAGCCUACCAUGCCACCACAGUCAUCAGACAAAUGCAGAAGAUGAUCCUGAGCAGCAGCAGCUCAAGUCGCAAUGCCAACGCCCAACAGCCCAAGCCUCAACAGUAGCUGACCAGAACAAAGCUGACAAUGUGAUGAAGGUACUUAAUGAUUUUACUUUCUUUAUCAGUUUUCCAGCAACUUAAUUAAGUUUAACCUAAAAGUUGACAAGUUUUAUGUAUGUAUUUACUAGGCAACAUUUGAUUAUGACGUAACAUGAACAACUAGGCUUGGAGCAGAACUUUGUUAUUUUAACAUAUUAUGAUAGUAAUUAUUUUUUUUAUCAUAAUAUAUUUACAUAUACAACACAAGAAAGUUGUACAUUACUCGAGAGUAGACUAGUUGGAUGUGUUGCUCAUCAAUAAUGUUGCCAAGUGAAUAUUAGCAUCCUUAUGUUGCCAUUUCUUGACAUAUUAAACAUGGCAUAGAUACAAACAACUCUCUGCCUCACUAUAUGUAUUCAUAUUUCUUAUGCUCAGAAAGAAAAUCAUGACAAUUGUAGUUAUGAUCAUGUUAUGAUCAUAUCAGUUAGAUGGCAAUUAAGAAAUGCAUUUUUUUUUUGUUGAAAUUCCUUUUUAAGACUGGAAGACAAAUGAAAUAAUACUUAAAUUCAUUAUAGAUUUCACAUUGUAUUGGAGUGAAUUGCAAUUAUUAUGAAUUAAUUACAAUUGAAAUAUUUAGUAUGUAUAUUCAGGAUUUGACUUAUAAAAUGUUGGAAUGCUGUAAUAACAUUUUAGGGUGUGUAUAUUUGACAAUUGUAUAUUGAUUGUCAUUUCUUUAACAAAAAAAGACUGGUUCCUUAGGCCCCUGUAUACAUAAUGAUUUUAAACUUAUUUCGUGGUUGUUCAUUAUGAAUAUUAUUUAAACGGGUACUAAGUCCCGUCGUGACCACAAUCCAUGCAACUGGGUUGAAAUAUUGACAUUAAAAAUCUCAUCAUUUUACCUCUAACCAACAGACGAACGACUCAAUGUCGAAUGACAGAUUGCCGAGUAACAGUUUAAGAGAAAGGAGAAAAAAUUUUGUUGUGUACCAGUUUAAAUAAUAUUCCCUGUAUACAUGAUGACAAACAUGCCAGUCGGUAUGAAAUUGAUAAUUUGGUAGUUACAUAACAGUAAUUGAUAUUUAUUGCUGGGGCAAAUGCCAGCAAGCAGCAGCAUCAUUGCUAAAUUUGUAUCAUUGCUUGAACGGCCAAUGCUUUGAUUUUAAUUGGUGAGCAUAAUUCACCAUAAGUAAGAAUUGAUAACAACAAUCAACGAAUUGUUUUAAUUAUAUAUUGGGCUAGUCACAGUGUAGUGUAUACAGUUUCUAAACAUUGUUUAUUGUGAAUACGACAGUGUAAAAAUUGCAUUGUGUAUUAGUUUCCAUGAGAUCUGUAGAACAUAGUCAUAUUGAUAUUUGAAACUUGUAUAAUCUAAUUAGAGACAUUCUUUCCUACAUCUGCUGCGUGCUGUUACUCAUUAUUCUUGGAAUCUCAUACUUCAAGUCCAUGUCAAUGAUAAUCUCUAUUUAACCUUAUUACAUGACAUUUGUAUAGUACAUAAAUAAUAUAUUUAUAUAUAUACCUGUAUCAUAAAUAUCCCUUUGAAGAUUUUUAAUUUUGCUGUUUCAUUGGAAACAGUGUGAAGCUAGAAUUAGCAUUAUCUUCUAAACAUUCUGUGCUAGUAAUUACUUAUAGAUAUGGUGAUAAUCACUUAUUGCUAAGGUUUGUUGCAAGUUGUUAUAAAUUAAUUAUAACGAGGAAAUAUUUAAUGGCUUUAUAAUGGGCUGACAAUGACAAACUAUAAAAAGAAUGUAUAUUAUCACAAAAAUGUGAUUAUUGUUACUGUUUAAAGAAUGGUGUCCACGAUGUGUAUUGUAGUAGUUCAGAAUUCAUCUAUAAUAUUGAUAGUAUCCAAAAGUUUGUUAACAAAGAUUUUGCUAGUUAUAAUAUUGCUAGAUAUGUGAAUAGCUCCUUCCUUUGUAAGCAAUAAUUGUAUUAUAAUUAGGUGCAGGUGAUGAAUUUAAGACUAUGAUAUAGAAAAUACUGAUGCCGAUCUUUUAAAAAAAUGUGCCUUGUUAAAGCCAGAAUAAUGCUAAUGAUUCGUGAUGUCAUAAUUAUACAAUGAAUAAAACAUUCCAAUAGUACGUUUAAAACGAGUUUAAUGCCGACUUUUAACUUUAAUAGAAACAUUCACAGAUUUAAGGAAUUAAACAAAUCGAUCAGGUUUCAAACAAGCAAAUUAAGAGCUCGUAAUUGAAUUGUUCGCUAAACAUUAAUAUUUUCGGCGUCAUGCAAAACUUCAAAACUGUACGAAAUCGCAUCAAUCCGCGUCCAAGUAUUCGUUGCGAAUUCAUUUCUUUUUAUUGUGUUUUGACCCUUUACCCGUUACCGUCUUAGCUGUACUUGAUUUUGAAUCAUAAUACGAUUAUUGUUUACACAUUCUUAAUGUUACUGAGAUAAUAAUAUUAUAAUGAAUGUGAUUGUGUGCAUGAUAUUCCCUAUUUAACCAACCUAUACACAUAGUGGUUUAAAAAAGUGCAUAAUAUUCUAUAAUAGUGUAAGUUUUAAUAUUCUAAAUCUGACUCCUUCCUGUCUUUUAGCAAAGUUUUAAUAUCUAACCAAUGAAUUCAACAGUGUACUUACACAUUUUAAAUUACUUUUAAUUAUUACAUUUAGAACAAAUUUUCAUAGAAAUAUGCAGGGCCUAAUGCAAAUUAUUGACACCAAAAUUGCUUUUAUUUUAGGUGUGAUAGAGAGAUCUCAUGAAGACCUUGGUAGAAGUUAAGAGUACCAGCACUAAAUUAAGGAAUUUUAAAUUGAUUUUUAAAAUUGUGUGCUAUUAUAGGUUUUAAUAACAAAAAUCCAAUUUUUCUUAGAUUAGCAUAUCCAUUACUCAUUAGGUAUGAUUUCUUAUACAUACCUAACCAUGAAUACAAACAUCAAGAGUCAUCGUGAGAGAAAUCUACUCUACCUAUUAUAAAGCAAAAACAAAAUAUGUACAGAACUACUGUGUUUCUUCAUUAUUUAAAAAUAUUUAUCUUUGUUCAUAAUGCUUUUGACCUUAUUUAAUAUACAUACUGACUUCUCUGUUUUGCCAACAUAAUCUAUUCAUGCUUCUUUAAAUUUGAAUUUGCAAUUAUGUUUUCUUUUCAUCUAUUGUAUUACACGAAGGUUAUUCAGUUUCACAUUAUACUAUACAAAUAACCUAAAUUCAAGUGUCUGUAAAUAAAUGCCUUUGUUGCAUUGCAUGUUAUCAAUGCCAUAUCUUUUGGGGGUUUUCUUUGAAACAACUGAUUUGACUGGACAUUUUACCUAUAAUACAUGGACAUUAGACUGUUCAUAUCUUCUCAGCAGAAUCUACCUUGUGGUAGAGUCUUAAGGUGCUGAUAGACAGGAGCAUUUAUUUGUAACAGAACAUCGAGCAUUCGCCGUUUUUAUAUUUGUCGAAUUGACCAAAGAGUCGAGCCAAGCAUAGAACCAAAUAUUGCUACGAACAUCUUGAGAAUUCUAACGAACGCUCGAUUCGAUCAAGCAAAUUUGCUCGCUAGGAUGCUCGUCAGAACGCUCGAUAGAAUGCUGGCUAAAAUGUUCUCGUAUUUUUAACCGACUUCCAAAAAGGAGGAGGUUCUACGUUCACUUGUAUGUAUUUUUUUUCUGUGAUGUAAUAUUCCCACGAAUUCUCUUUACAAGUGAAUAAAUAAAUAACUAUAAUUGCGUAAUUUGAUAAAAAAUACUAUACAAUAGCUUUAUCGCGGCAGUCCCCGAGUGCCACACGUAUUUUUUUGUAAACUACUUGUACCUAGUAACAGUAAUUACCCAAUUAGUAUCCAAGUUAAAAAGUAUGGUACUUAGAGUAACAAGUAGCCUAAAUUAUUUCUUGAAAAACAAUAUACUGUCAAUAUCAGUUGAAUCGUCUUAAAGAUUAACCUGAUUUAAUUUACAGGAACAAUUGGUUGUAUUACUGAUUGAUGCAAUCAAUCAAAUCAAUCAAAAAAAAUAUCAGCGCGACAUCCACAGUUUCAAAAUCACUCAAUAUUUUCCAAAUUACAGACAGACACUUUUAUUUCAGUUAUUUCGAUAGAUUUGUUUUGCCAUGUGAUAAAAACAAAUGUAUUGAUAGCACAUAUCUACUGUCAACAAUGAUAAUAAAUUACUUACUUACAUAACUUUGCUAUUAUGUUAAAUGAAAGUAAGUGGUCGAAAAUUAAUUAACAUCUACUCUAUACUCUGUCAUAAUACCUGACAAGUGUUCCUCUUUAUUGCAAAGCUAAUAAUGUUAAUAACAAAUGCUGCUUUGUUUCACCUCUUUAGUUGAGCGCCAAAUACUGCCGAUAGAGUUUGCGUGCUCUCCCAUAACUCUCUAAUCUUUUCUGGGGGAAAUCUCCAAUAGGAGUGAUCUCCACUCUGAUUUGUUUUCAUGACCUUUGGAGAGAGAUCCCUAGGGUUAUUUGGGGCUUAUUUGGGAAUCCUAGGGUUAUGUGGGACUCAUUCAUCCACGAAAACCUCCUCGUGGGACACCCACAGUACCUACACAUAUUUGGGAGUUCCGGGAUCACUUAAGAUCAUCCUUGCCAUCUACAGUGAUCUAUCUGGCGGAUACAUCCCGUUUGUUCUAUGAAUCUUUGUCAAACUUUACGGCAAAUUUUUAGUGUCAUUUUGUCAGUUGUCAUAGUACUAAUGUGAACUACCCUUCUAAAUACACACUGUCAUAAAAAUAACAUUUUAGAAACCUUUAAACAUGGGUAUGUCGGUGUAAAUUUGCGGAAACAUUUUUUAGUGUUUUUGUGUGUGUUUUUUUUCCAGAUUUUUUCUCAAUUUAUUGACAUAAAUAAUUUGAGUAACUUUACAGUUAUGCCAAACACUACAUUCCUGUAGGGAAUCUUAUAAAAUAUUAUACUUAAUUCAUACAAUUGACAUUCCAUUUUUCAGUAUUGCAUCAAUGCUAUUGCAUUUUAUUUUAUUGUAUUGAGAAAAUUAUUUUCUUCACUUGGGAAACGAUAAAAUUGGCAUUCCUUUAUAAAAAAAUAAAGAUUGGUUUUGUUGCCAUAAAACGUAAACAAAUACAAAUAAUUGUAGAUCGUAGAUUCACAUCUACUUUGUCUUCCGUCCACACCUUUCACGACCAAUACACCGGUAUUUUUUAAACAGUAGUAUUUAUUUAAAUAAUUUUCUGCAUUAAGCAAAAUUGUAUUAUAUUUUUUUACAUACUACCUCCAUUUCAAAAUUGCCUGAUCGUUGACUUGAGUCUGUUCCUCUUUGCUUUGCUAAAAAAAUAAUUCGUAUUUUUUUCUAAAUACAAGUACUCAUAGCUACCUAUUAGCUUAUGUACCGUAUAUAAAGCUCCGAUCUUGCAAUUUUGAUAUGCAAAAAGUUAUAUCGAAAUGUCCCUAACCAGUAGGUAAACAUUUUGAUAAAUUAAAAAUAACGUUCAUUAUUAUCAAUUUAAACAACUUCGAAAUGUAUUUAAAGAUUAUUUUUAUACAGGUUUAACGUAGAUGUAUAAAAAUAUUUUUAUUACGAAUGUAAUAUAUAUUAAUUAAUGAAUGUAUUUUGUGUUCAUGAAGGCUGUGACGGGAGAACUAAAUUUUGAAUUUGAAAAAUCAAAUCAUUUUAAAAUGAGGAUGUUAAAAUUAAAAGUUAAAUAAAUAAGAACUGACUCACAAAACUGAUUACUUAAACCAUUUUGUUAGCAAUGUUUAGUUGUAUUUUUUUUAUUAAACUCUGUACCUCUGUGUGUACAUGACAGUGCUAGAUUUUAGUGUCUUUUUUUCUAAAAUAUUAAUUGUUAAGCGUAAUAAUGUGUAUAUAAUAAUAAUUUAUGUCCUAAUCUUUGGUUAUAUAGACUAGUGUGUAUUUAAACUCAUGAAUAUUAUUAACUUCCUGAUAACCUUUAACAUAGAUAAUAAUAUCGUAUUGUAUUCGUUUUACUUACGACUGAUGUAAGGAAUUUCCUGUUUAUUGAUUUUAUGAAGUUUAUAAUAUUUUUUUGGAAUCCCUUUGAAUCUUCUAUUUUCGGAAGACGGUAUGGUUUUGGUCGUAGGUGUAGGUACUGACAAGCGUUUGUUAAGCGCGUUUGUGUGUAAAACUGAUACACACAUCCAAAACGCUCUUCCUGAACGUCCAUCUAAGCCAAGGUCCAAGUCUCAGAGGAGACGACCUUAGAGAGUCAUUCCGCCCAUCACUUCUACUUCUGCCUUCUGGCCCUAUCAGGCGUUGCUUCUGGGCACGCCUAAAACCCCAGAUGAAGCCGCUGAGAAAAAAAAGUCUGAAAAAAAAACUGAAUGGUAUCAAAGUAAAACGUGUAUUAAUGUUUUUGUUUAUAUAAAUCAUCAUCAUCUAAUCAUACGGCUAAGCUAUUAAUGGUAAACAGAUUUCUAUGCAACUGUAUCACUCUAAAUAAUUUAACAACGCCUUUCUGCAGUGCUAACGGUUCUUAAAGCCGUAUUUACAUUUGUCUGUCGUGUCGUGUUUACACUUAUCACAUGUCGUGAUGGCUUCUGAUGUGCCGCAUACAAAAUGUAUGAUACCGAUUCUGUUCUGAUGCGUCAUGACACGACACGUCAGACAAAUGUAAAUCCGGCUUUAGUAUACACACAAAGUACUGUCAAAUCGCUUACACCCAAAACCAUACCGACUUUAGCUUAACUCUAACAAGAUUUAUUUGUCUACAAAUGUAUACAAAAGUAAUAAAAUUAUUAUAUUACCUAUACUGAAAAAUAAUAUUUUUUUAAUGAAUCAAUAACAAACACUAGAUUGAUUUUAGAUUAUUUUUUAUUUGUUCACGAUGUAGAAAAUGUAUAAAAUAGACCUUGUUGUGUUCCAUAUAUGAAUGUAUAUAGAUGAAGUACAGUCAUAUAAGGAUUUAAAUAAUUUAUGGCUCCAAAAUCAGAUAUUAACUAUUUGUAACUUUCAAGAAGAACUUUGGUACUAAAAUAACAUAAUUAUGUACUAUGAAUACCAAAUGUUGUUAUCGAUUGCCAAUUUUGAUUGGAUAAUUAGGUUCUUUUAAGUUUUUUUUACUCCAAAUUUGACUGUACUUAAAUGCAUAUUAACUUAAUAAGCAUCGAUGCAUCGCUUUUGAAUCUGGUCCAAAGUAUCUAGUGGUCUUAUAAUUAUUUGUAGUUAACAAUUGUAUUGUUAUAUUGUUACAAUUGUUUAUCAUGAAUCUAUAAUUUGUAUCUAGUACUUACGAUUGUUUUGUAAUAUUAAUGUAUGUCUAUAUAAAAUAUACUUAUAUCAGUUGAAAGCGCCUUCUAAUAAGAUGUUGUAUUUGUAUUGUAUUGUAGUACUUGUCACUGUUUUUAUGAUGUAAGGUUUUAUAUUAUAAUACAUAUGUUAUGUGUAAUUCGAGCAUUAGCUAUUUUCUGCGUAUGUGCCAUUAAAAUUGUUUACAUGCCUUUCAAAUGAACGUGAUAAAAUAAAUGUUACACAUAAACAUAGAGGUUAUAUUUAAAUUUAAUUUCGAAAAUAAUCAAAUUAAGUGUAUUAUUAUUUAUCUUUGCCAUAUAUGUAGUUGACAUGUUGAUCGAUUGAACAUAAUUAUUGUUUUUAUUAUAACUUAUCGGUGUUUUAAUAAUGUAAUACUGUGCGUAAACGAAAUAAUAAAUAAUGGGGUAGGUAUUUAUUUCACGCUCUAUUUUUGUUAAAUUAUUGUAACAGAUUUAUAGCGAGAUUUACUUCAUUUUAUGAUCGCUAAAAGUUUCUGAGUCUAUGCUGCCGCCGUAAGUAUGGUAGCCAAAGAUUUUAUACUAUUAGACAUGUCACUAGCGAAACUGAGGCGAACAAAGGUGGCUAAUUGUCUUAAUUUCAUUUAGUCGCAUAGUAAACAACGAAAAUUAUUUAAAAAAAUAAUACAUAUAAAUUGUCUACAAUGCCGAGUUGUUUAUUCAGGAAGUGUAAAAACUAUUAUAUACAUAAAUAUAUUAAUGUAAGUAAACACAAAAUUGUGCAUGUGUGCGCUCCGUGGCGUUGCUAAAUUGGGAUUACUAAAGGCUUGUUCGAACUACUUUAGUCGAGUAGCGCAAAAUUUUAAAAAUUUAGUCGAGUAGGUACUAAACUACUGGAUUAAAUUUUUGUUGUUUAGCAGCUAAAUUUUACGCUACUCGACUAUAAUGCUAUAGUAGUCCGAACUAGGCUUUAUUGCAGUAAUUAUUUAGGCACGUAGCAAGCUAAUAGUAUAAAAUCGUUAAUGGUAGCCUAUUAUGGACUAUGGACUGUGGUGGCUUUGAAAGGUAAUUGGUUUUAUGGGUCCAGACCAUCCAAGGGUUUCUCAAUCGUCUAAGUAUGAAGUGUAUUUUUAUAUUUUCUUCGGCAUCAUUUGAGAUAAUUUGUACUCUGUCGAAAAACGCUUUUAAAAGAUAUAACUUAAAGGGUCUCUAGCGAAGAGUUGCUAUGACGAGACAUGACCAAAAAAAGUUUUACACUUGGGUGAUUGAGUCUCUAUUAUUGGUUACAGGACUUACCUUUGGUAGAGUAGAAGCCUGCCAAACCUUCAGCAUGUAUAAAAUGUGGUAGCUAUGUAUGGCUAUGCAGGCUUUCUAUAAAGUUGGCUAUAAUUAAAUAUGAUUGGCAGUGAAACGAAAUCACAAUGAAUUAUGGAGUUAAAAUCGUUUGACUUUAAAAGGAAAUAGGUAUUAUUAUUUGCUGUGACGCAUUAUUGAAUCGAAGUAGGUGUUGCUUUGCGGUAGGUAUACGAGAAGCUUUCGACAGGAGGAUAGGUUUGUACAGCUGCUAUUCUCCUGCCUAUUCACUCCCUCUUUAUACAUAUCUUUAAGAUGAGAGUGAAUAGGCAUCUUCUAGGCAAGCGCGUAUCACCUUAGGCCACAUCUACACUUACCAUCAGGUGAGAUCGUGGUCAAGCGCGAGCUUAUUUUGUAUAAAAAAAAAGCUCCAUAAUCAUGCUUCCAAUGCGAACUGCGAAUUAAAUUUAAAAAUUAAAUGGAAUAUCAAUUUGAAUUAAAGAAGCUUUUAAAAACUCAAGAUAACUUACACAAUUUGGUUAAUAAUUUCAACGAAAAUCUUUAAUUUGCUACUCUACAAUUACCUACUCAAUAUUUGACUAUUUCUGUAAAUUAUAUAUUCAUGUAAGAAAGCUUCAGUUUCAGAGUGAAAUCAAGCUUGAUGUUAUGGCCGAGCAAAAGUAAAAUUUUCAUGUAAGUGAGUGAUGCUAAAAGCUAGGUAUUUUACUAAAGUAUUUGCCAUUUCCAUUCUCUCUUGCUUAUAUUUUAAGACAAGUUUCAAAUUUAUUUUUAAACACAAUUUUAAUACAAUAAUCGAGUGGUUCCGUGGCUUCCGAAUUGGCUGUCACUAUAUUGGAAUUAAGUACCCUCUUAUUUUUUAUUUUGAAGAGCUUAUGCACAAUACAAAAUUAUAUUUAAACUAGGUUAUUUCAUUUAUGUCAUAUGACAGUUAUUUAUAGGCAUAUUAUUAUUAUAAAUAAUUAGGUAUAUCUAAAUAUUUUUUACCUGGCACCUUAACAUGUUCAGACCUAGUUUAUUGCGAAUGAACGCAAUAUUACUAAUAUAAAUAUUUAGUGUGACAUCAUAUCUUUCAGUAGAAUCUGCCUUUCAAACCGGUAAGUAAAAAAAAAUUCUACAAAAAGUCAAACUUUGUGUUUCAAAACUAAACCUAAUUUAAAUCUGAGUUUUUACAAGUCGACAGUGUGAGUCUUAAAUCCGUCUCUAUUUCUCUGUCUAAAACGAUACUAUAGAUAGAGACAAAGAUAGAGACGUAUUUAUAACUCGAUAUCUCACUCCGUCGAGUUAUAAAAUUUUCCAGAUUUGAUUGUGACGGGGGUUUGAUUGUGACGAGGUGCCAGUAGAAAUAAUUUAGAUGUUAUAUUAUGUACGUUAAGACAUUAUAGGCUUCUUAUAUUCUAAUUUAAAUAAAAUUAAUAAUACUGUCUCUUUUUCUAUAGAAAAGACGUUUAGAUCCAUAAUAUUUUUGUCUCGAAUUUCUCAUAAAUUUGAAGUAUUUAGUAUGUCCAACCCUUUGCUCUAUAAAUAUGCGGGUUGUUACUUAUUAUGUUGGAUUAUUCACAGUUGCUCUCUUUUAGUUGUGUAUCAAUUUUAUUAUUAAUUUUCACUGUGCCAAACCAUAUCGUAAUCAGUGAUGUGUACUUUUAAAAUAAGAGUUCUUAUAUUUAUUAGAUUUUAAAAAAAAUCAGAGAUUACUCAUAUUGCUAUAUUCUUACUCGACAUUUAUGUGCAGUGUUAACACAUACAAGUUCCUUGUCGAAUAAAUCUGUGUACUUCUUUGUUUAUUUAAUAAAAUAUUAAUAAUUAAGUACAUACCUAACACAUCUAUUUUUCGAGGGUUAUUAAUUAAAUGUGUUCUCAACGCAACACAAGUUUAUUUUAUAAAUUAGCACAAUAGUCAUUAAGGGUUGGGAUAAAAUUUUGAAAAAUAUCGACAAGUUUCCUUUUCGCUAUCGAGGAUUGAGUUGUGAAAUUGAUUUUGCCCUUAUCGGAAUAGUUACCGGAACGAUGACAGAACCAUAUUUUUCAUAAUUAUAUUGUUUUUUUUAAAGAUCUGAUUGCUACUGAAAUCGUAAUCUUGUGAUUUAGAUUUUAUACUUCUUGUUCUAAACAAUCAAAAUUUAUUAGUAGAAUACUAGAUGUUAGCUCUAUUUUCAAUGUCAUUGUAAAUAAAAUGCCAACUUGUUGAAA